UCUGUAUUCAAAACGUCACGAUUAGCAUGUUUUUAUGUUACUGAUCAAAUUGCUUUAUCUACCAGCUAGUUACCUGCCUACCUAGCUGGCUUGAAGGUAAAACGUGUUCUUUAUGGUAAUUUCGCUUGGUGGCCUUGUUUUACUGAAUAAGUUAUUUAUAGUCACAUUUAGAAACGUUCUGUUUAACUUAGCUGGUUAGUUUGCUAGCUAGCUAACUAUCUUCUAACGUUAGCUAGCCAGUGCAUCCUGAUAAAACAAUUUAGCUGACUAACUAAAUACUGUUUUACUGCCAUGUUUUCUGUCCCUUUGGCUGAUUUUAGAUUGAAGGGUGAAUGGAGGCAACACAGCUGAUCGAUGACUCAAUAUUGGAAGAGUCAGAGGAGGAGGAUGGAGAGAAGCGAGGAGAGCCACUGGCCAAACUCAUGGUGUUAAAAAAUGAACACAUCCCAGAGACUGAGUUGCUUCUCUACCAGGGAGAGAAUGUGUUGGGUCGAAACCCAGACUCCUGCUCCCUGCCCCUCGUGGCCCGCUCCGUAUCCAAGCAACACACCGUCAUCUCCAUCUCAAUGUUUCGCGGCAACCGUCGUCACGACAACGUUGCCGCCAUGGAGACAGAGGCUUUAGUGUGGGACCUGGGGAGCAUGAACGGGACAAGGAAGGGCCGGACCAAACUGACCCCUCACGUCCGCUACGCUCUGACCGAGGGAGAGUGUGUGGUAAUAGCUGACAUCCCCUGCCAGUAUGUCUCUGUGGACAAGAGGGUGGGACAGGGGCACAUUUGGAACCCGACGAACGCAGACUCUGGAAGGGGAAGGAGGACAGGGCCAGACAGGAAGGCCCAGCUCAGAGGAAGCCCCAGUCCUAGGAGCCAAGGUCCUGAACGAGAGACUGGCACACCAAAGACUGAGAGACAGACUGAGGGUAGAGGAGUCAAUGGAGAGAUGGGGGCACCGACUAAGCUGGAUGGAAAGGGUAGAACUCCGGCCAAACCCCUGUCCUUUGAACAAACCCCCACACAGCCUGAGAGAACACUGGUGCCUGAAUCGGAGUCUGACUCCGACGGAGAGCGAGAGGGACGGAGAGACAAACGGGGAAAGUUGUUUGGUAAAAUCUCUGAUUCUGAAUCCCACAUGUCCAGUCCCACCUGUUCUACAUUCCUCAGUCCUACAAACAAAGUCAUUCCAGAGAGUGAGGACGAGAGCCCCAUCACUCCCUCCUCCUCCGCUAAAAACAGACCCAAGAAAAUAGUGAGCUUCAGUGAGGAGGAGAGCGACGGAUGGACCGAGACAGCAGCCCAGGAGAAGAAGGCACAAGUGAUAGUGGACGACAGCGAAGAAGAGGAGGAAGAGAAGGAGGGGAAGGAAGCCAAAGAGGCACUAGGAGAGAAGGAAACUGGGAAAAGGACAAGAGGAAAUGAGGAUGUGUCAGUAGAAGUGGUGAACCAGGUCAGUCAAGCUGAGAGAGCUGGAUUAACCCCCUCCGCACCAAUGGUGUCUACGGAGGACAAGUUUAACACGGACAGUGACACAGACGUAGAGGGAGAGGAGGAGAUGGGGCUGUCUGCACCUGUAAACGGUGUUAAGCCACCAGUCGCAACAGAACCUCCUACAGACUCUGACCCAGGCCAGCUCCACAUGGACAGUGAUACUGAUGUGGGGAAGGGGAUACUAUGGGCAAUUCUUUUGGGCAGUGAUACUGAUGAAGAGGACAACCAUUUUGCCCCUCCGGCCAGCAGCAGAACAGCGGAGCUCCUUAAGCCACCCACCAGUGUAGGACCUGCAACUGCUGCUCCUCUGGAGAUCAGGUCUGACAGCGACACAGACUUAGAGGAAGACGCCACACAGACAAUGAACCCUACUCCUCCUAAUGUCGCCACGGUAACGGAAGACGCGGCCGUGCUUCCAUCACACACAACAACGACGACAACGGGUGCUGUUACCACGACAAUCGCUCUCAGGUCUCAGGACUCUGAUGCUGAUACAGAUGCGGAGGAGGAGGGGUUGGAGCCCAAAACCCCCGGUGUCAGCCCCCAGCAGGGAUGGUCCCGGAGUCGGACCCCAGUGAGCCCAGUGACUUCAGGAUGGCCAGUGAUACGGAUGAGGAGGAGGAUGGACCAGGGGAGGCAGGCCAGGGACAGACUCCAGUUCGGACCAGAGAGGGGGAAGCUGGACCUGGGCUGCUCCCCCUGGGGGGCUCCCCUGGCCCUCAUCAGAAACCCAGCUCUCCCUCCUGUGCUGAGGCCCACAGCAGCAUUGUCCUGCUCUGCAUCAGACAGCCAGGAGGACGAUGACUUUGUGGUGUCCGAGACCCAGUCGUUUGUGUUGGAGGGCCAGGACCAGGGCCAUCAGAGCAGCCUUCCAGUGGAACCCACCCUGGAUGCCACGCAGCCCUACAGUCUGGAGCCUUCCUUGGGGGAGGACCGGGGGGAGCAGCCCAGCCGAGGCUCCUUCCAGCUGGGUCUGUCAGACAGCAGCCACCUCCACCUCCAGGCCAGGGACCAGGCCUCAGAGAGCACCAAGGCAUUCAGCUUCCCAGAUGGGGAGUUGGAGGCCACCCAGGCUUAUGGCGCUGGAGCUGUGGUUCCCACUCCGUCCUCCAGGGCUUUUCUGGCCCAGACAGUAGCCACAGAGAGCACCCAGGCUUUCGGCUCCCCAGAUAGGGAUUCUGACCUGGAGGCCACCCAGGCCUAUGGAUCUGGAGGGGGGAGCGAGGAGCCUGGCCUUGGCCGGAGGUCUGCGGUGUUCGCGAGGAACAGGCAGGUAGACUUUGCCCUGGAGGCAACACAGGCUUAUGCUGCCCAGCCUCGCAGUGACAUAAAGGAUGAAGAUGAAGAGGGAGAGGAGACGCAGCCCUUGGAGUUCCCCACUACAUCUAAUGUUGCUACAGCUGAAACCCUGCCCAUGUCUGCCUGUGAGGAAGAGGAGGGUGAGGAGGAGAAAGAUUUGGUUGGGGCUAAGCCCUCCACCCCAGAGAGUGAUGAUGAGGAAGAAACCAAACCAGACUCACCCAGAAGAAGAGGACAGUCCCAAAAACAGACAGUAGAAGAGGAGGAAACACAACCUAGUGAGUUCCUCACCAGCUCCCACAUCUCCACCGCUGAAACUCAGCCUAUGGGUACUUGUGACACUGAGGAAGAGAAGGAGGAGGACACCAAAGCUAAAGGACGGGUUCAGAGAGAGCGGGGGAAAGAGUCGGAGGCUGCGACAAGCGGUGUCAGCAGUAGAGGUAGAAGAGGAGCUAGAGGAGGAGAGGAGGAAGAGGAGGAGAGCUCUGAGCCUCUGAAGACACAGACGACAGGGAAGGGGAAGGCUGUGAACACUACGAGAGGCGGAGGGAGGAGAGGGAAGAAAGAGGGAGAAAAAGAAAGACUUGAGAUGGAACGGAGAGAGGAGGAAGAGGGAAUAGAGAAAGAAAGAGAAGAAGGAACUGAGAAGGAAAGGUUGCGGAAGGAAAAGGUAGAAUCAGAAAGGGUUAUGAAGGAACAACAGGAGAGAGAAAGGAUGGAACGGGAUGAGAGAUUAGAGAGGGAGAGAGUAGAAACAGAAAGGAUGGAGAGAGAGAAAAGGGAACAGGAGGAAAGAGAGCGGCUUGAGAGGGAAAGGAAGGAACGAGAAGAGCAAGAAAGACUGGAGAGGGAGAGGAAAGAAAAAGAGAGGAAAAGACUGGAGAGUGAGGAAAAAGAAAAGCAAGAAAAAUUGGAGCGAGAAAGCAGGGAAAGAGAAGAGAAGGAGCGAUUGGAGCGAAAGAGGGUGGAAAGAGAGGAGAAGGAAAAAAUGGAAAGAGAAGAGAAGAAAAAACAGGAGCGAGAACGACUGAAGAUGGAAAAUAAAGAGAAGGAGCGAUUAGAAAUGAAGGAUAGAGACCUGAAAGAAAAACUGGAGAGGGAGAGACUGGAGAGAGAAAAACAGGCAAAGAAAGACGAUGAAAAUGAGCCAAAAACAUCCACGAGAGGUCACAGAGCAACCACCAGGAGAACCAUCACGGUUCCACCCACAACGCAACCACAACCUGAACUUGACGUUCUGUCCAGCCAACCAGAACCAGUCCCAGCUAGUAUAACUAGGUCUCGCUCCAACUCUUCCAGCUCUGAGAGAUCCAUCUCCAGCAUGGGCACCCAGGGGAGCAGAGGGAGAGGGCGGGGAGAGGGGGGAGGAAGACCACCAGCACCACAGAUGCAGGACAUUCUCUCCAGCGAACAGUUUGUUGCCAGGAGAACCCGUUCUCGCUCCAGCUCCACCAACUCCCACAGCUCCCUCAACUCAGAGGUCCCCACCUGUAGUGUGGCUAGCGUGAGCACUCAGAUCAAAGGGAGGGGAGGAGGGAGAGGGAGGAAGACUGGGACAGAGUCUGUCCCUCCCAGUAACAGCCAGAGUGAGCAGCCUCCAGCCCCAAAGCCCACUGCCAGAGGCAGGAGAAGCCAGAAAGUAGAGGAUGAUGCUCCACACCCUGAGAUUAACGAGAAGGCUGAUUCUCUGGAGGCUGGUGGUACCACUAGAGGCGGAGUGGAGUCUAAAACAGGUGGGAAAGGGAGGAAGUGGGAGAGAGGAGAAGGAGGAGAGCAGUGGGUUCAAGGUUCCCCGGGAAAAGCUAAUGUUCCGAGGGGAGGGAGACGGAGGGCAGCUGAGGAGGAAGGAGAGAAAGAGGAGAAACCUGCAUCCACUCCAGCAAAGAGGGGUAGAGCCUCCACUGCACAGGAGGAGAAGAGUAUGGAAGGACGGGGUGAGAAGAUGGAAGAGGAAGAGACUGGUACUGUGCAGAGGAAAGUCCGAGGCAGGCAUUCGACGGUUCAGAUAAAGAAAGCAGAGGAAUCUGUUUUGGACUCUAAUUCUAUGGUGCCCCAGACCCCUAAAGGUAACGGAAGAGGUAAGCGUAGCGCCACUGUGGACUCAUCUCCGCUAGCCAAGUCCCCUCGCUCCUCCUCUGCCUCUCCCCUGUCCUCCCUCUCCUCCCCUGGGACACUGUGCAGAGCUAGGGCCACCACGCAGUCCUACAAGGUGUUGUUUACAGGAGUGGGGGACGAGGAGGGGGGUAAGGUGGUGUCUCGUCUGGGGGGCAGCCUGGCGAAGGGCGUGGCCGACAUGACCCACCUGGUGACUGACAGGGUCCGACGCACCGUCAAGUUCCUGUGUGCUGUGGCCCGUGGCGUGCCCGUCGUCACCACCGAUUGGCUGGAUAAGUGUGGUAAGCUGGGUCGUUUCCUACCGACUGACAGGUACCUGGUGAAGGACAGAGAGCAGGAGCACAAGUUCAGCUUCUGUCUGGAGGAAUCACUGAGGACCGCCAGCACCCAAGCAUUCCCUCUCCUCUCUCAGGGUUAUGAGGUCCAUGUAACCAGGUCAGUGUUGCCAGAGCCGGCCCAGAUGAAGGACAUCAUCACCUGUAGCGGAGCUCGCUUCCUCUCCAAGAUGCCCUCCACUCAGAAGACCCAGGCCCAGACCGUAGUGAUAUCAUGUGGGGAGGACUGGUCUCUCUGUGCUCCUGCUCUCUCUGCUUCUCUCCCCGUCCUCAGUGCUGAGUUCCUGCUAACUGGUAUAUUACAGCAGAGAGUGGACCUGGUAACCCAUGUCCUCUCAGCCCCCAAACCCAGCGCCCAGCCAGGAGGCAAAGGCCAGGACAGGGGCAGGAAGAAAACGUAACAGAAAGACGAAACUCACCUGGGUGGUAUUCAUUAGUGCACACUGUAGCAAAACAUUAUGCAACAGAAAACAAAAACAAGUGUUUCUUAUUGGACAAGUUCAGGUAAUCCCUCCCUGUUUUAGUCUGUUUUCUUCCGUUAGGUGAAUAUGACCCUGUAUACAGGGCCAGGGAGAAGAAGGCAUUACAGUUCCAGAGAAGACAGCAGACGCCCACCUGUCUGUCUGUCUGUCUGUGUGUGUGAUGGGCUAGCAUGCAGCACCCACCUCCACCUGUAUAGAGAACAGUAGCAGGUCCAGGCCACAGAGGAGUAGUAACUACAGUACUUCACCCCUGGAGAGGCAAGAGACCGUUACACACCUGAGAGAGAGGAGAAUGAGGAUUUGGCUGUCCAAGAGACAGUGGCAGCAUCCCAAAUGGCACCCUAUUACCUACGUUUGACAAGAGCCCUGCACUAUAUAGGGAAUAGGGUGCCAUUUGGGAUGCAGACGUAAAAGGCUGGUGAGAGGACACAUCCACCUGUAUGACCGACUAGAUAGUUGAGAAUGUAUUCACUCAGAUAAGAAGAAAAACAACCCCAAGAGAUGGAAAUGUAUUCCUAUGUUUAGAGGGUAGAGAAAAUAAAUGCAGAGAAAUGCUCUGAAUAGAUUUGUGUAAAUUUUUUCUAAAUAUGAGUUAACAUAGAGAGAAGAGACUGAGCAAUACAAGAGAUAAUAUACUGCCUAUCCCGGUCAUAUUUCUUUUAUCUGUCUCUUCCUGUCUCUUCCCUCCAUCUCCUGCUCCUUAUUUAUACUGAUUAAUAGACAUCCUCUAGCCUUUGUAGAAACAUAACAAAUAUAUAUAUAUAGUGCCUAUUUUAUGAGGGUAAUGUUGAAUAUAAAAUAUGUCUUCCCUAGCUGUGAUUGCUGAAGGGACAUUGCUUCAAUCUUAGAGAAAGGACUGAACUGAUUGUUUUAAUGCUGCUCGUCCAUCUACAUCUUUGUAUGGCUAGGAGUUAAAUGUGUCUUUAUUUACUGACCAAUAAACCUUUUGUACUGAA